AUGGCCUCUGACACUACCGGCACUCUCAACUGCAUGCUUGCUCCGCCUGACAGCUCUCGGCCUUACCAUAACGUCAACGCAGAUAGCGCCACCGGACAGCCAAUCCGCAACUGGGGAGAGGACCCGCAUGACAUGCAAAUUGAGGACGUGCGCGGGAAGGAGGAGCUUUACAAGCUUGACAGUGCUGGAUUUCAGUAUGGGCGAGAAACGGUGAAGCGCACCAGCUUCUUGAAUGAUGAUGAGGUUGAGCGCGAAUACUACCCUGAGAGCAUCGACCUCAUCAGGAGGGUCACGGGAGCAUCCAGCAUUGUCAUCUUCGAUUACAAGCAGUUUCAACGCAGUGAUCAACAAUGUUUUGGGCUAUGA